CUACCACCCGAUCUUCUUUCACUCGCUCUACUCAAGCUCUAAUCCUUACCAGCAUAGAAUACUUUCUAUUUCCUGCUUCUGCUGCCUCUAUUCUACUACUGUUUCAUCCUUUGAGUUUGACUACCCACACAUAUUGCGCAAUAAUUUGCCCCCCACUAGCCUGUGCACCUGUCAAAUACUGCUGAAUUUUAAGCCAGAGGAGUUCACGAAAGAGUAUAUAAUGGCCCUUUUUUUCGCAGACUUACGACCACAUUCUGAGCAUCAUGACAGAUCAGUGUGCCCUCAAUGCCAACGGAAACUUGAAAAUCAAAUUUUAUCACGAUGCAGAUGAUGACGUGCCCAUGGCAGGACCUGAAGCUGCUCCAAAGCCUCAAAUAUCAGUUAUGUAUUAUUCAACGGCCAUAUUGACGACCGGCACGGCCGUCUAUAUACCCGUACCAUACCGUCAACCCAGUUCUAAGAGCCUUGACGGUACAGUUAUGGACCACCCGUCGCCUGUCACUGUACCGUGGCUAUAUGGCUGUAUACUGUAUACGGUGCUUGAUUCGGCACUGUUCGCUGCAAUCCUUGUGCUCCUUUUCAACUUGCCAUUGUUAGCCUCAGCACAGUUCCGGUCUCUCGUGAUUUGUGACUCCCACCUUGAUGAGCCUAAACUUCCAUGGCAAUGGCAAAAACCAAAACUCUAG